ACUACCAAACUGAAAAAGGUUCAGAAACGUGAAUUCCAUUGGGUUCCAUUGAACUCUGACGGGGGGCAACUGUAACAUUUAACCCUUUCACCCCCCGACAGAUAACUGCUCUAAUCGCACAAGAUGAUGGCAGAGAAGGACUCGAACAACCCAAACAUGGAUCCACCUCAGGUUCUGAUUAGCAAUGGCGGAGGGGAAAUUCCACCCAAAAAGGUUUCCUGUUGCGCCAACCUGAAGAUGUUCCUGGUGGCCCUGUGCUUCAGCUACUUUGCCAAAGCUUUCUCAGGGAGUUAUAUGAAAAGCUCCAUCACGCAGAUUGAGAGGAGGUUUGACAUCUCAUCAUCCACUGUGGGGAUGAUCGAUGGAAGUUUUGAGAUUGGCAAUUUAUUGGUGAUCUCCUUCGUUAGUUACUUUGGAGCACAGUUUCACAGGCCAAGAAUUAUCGCAGCCGGCUGUAUCUUGAUGUCCAUUGGGAGUUUCCUCACUGCAAUGCCGCACUUCUUCAUGGGACCGUACAAGUACGAGACAGUGAGAGGCCCUACCUCUUUACAGGGCAACGCUUCUUUCAGCAUGUCUCCCUGUUUGGCUAAUCAAUCACUGGACAACACCCCAAAACCAGAUUGUGUAACAGAAAAUGGUUCCUACAUGUGGGUUUUCCUACUAGUGGGAAAUGUUUUACGGGGAAUCGGGGAAACUCCGGUGUCUCCUCUCGGAAUUUCCUACCUGGAUGAUUUUUCAAGGCCGGAAAACACUCCCCUACAUAUUGCUUGUUUGCACACCGUAGCCAUGUUUGGCCCUAUGACUGGCUUCAUGUUGGGCUCCUAUCUCGCAAGACUAUAUGUCGACAUUGGCUUUGUGGAUACAGAUACAAUAACCAUUACACCACAGGAUACACGUUGGGUUGGCGCCUGGUGGAUCGGUUUUCUUCUUGCCGGAACCAUAACACUCAUGUCUGCCAUCCCCUUCUUUUUCCUACCCAAGAGCUUGAAAGAAGAGAAGUCAGAGGAGCUGAAACUCCAAGCUAAGGAAGGGGAAGGAAAGGAAGACAAACGGAAGGAAAAGCCCACAGUGCAAGGUUUCUUUGCUGCCCUGAAGAAAUUGUGUUUCAACCGGUUAUUCGUCAUGUUGAUUUGUAUCACCCUCAUGCAGACCAACAGCUUCAUUGGCUUUAUUACAUACAAACCCAAAUACAUGGAGCAGCAAUACGGCCAGUCCAUCUCCAAGGCCAACUUUGUUACUGGGGUAGCUACAUUACCAGCAGCAGCACUGGGGAUGUUCUUCGGGGGUCUGAUUAUGAAGAGGUACAAGUUUGGACUACUGGGGGCAUCUAAGAUGGCAUUUUGCACCUCCCUCCUGGCGUUUCUCCUGUCCCUUUCAGCUUUUUUCAUUGGUUGCAAAAACAACAAUGUUGCAGGAAUAACAGUGACAUAUGAUGGGGUAAAAGUGGAUCAUAUUCAAGACAGAAUUAUAUAUUCACCCUGUAACUCUGACUGUCACUGUUCAUCAAAGCAAUGGGACCCCGUGUGUGGAGACAAUGGCGUCACCUACAUGUCCGCUUGUUUAGCCGGGUGCAAGGCUUCAGCUGGAACUGGGAGGGGCACAGUCUAUCACAACUGUUCGUGCAUUGACUCCGCACUCUCCCCAGCAGUCAAUUCCUCAGCCCAUUUGGGGGUCUGUCCGCGAGGGUCCGAUUGCAGCACAAUGUUUCUGAUUUACGUAGUCACACAAGCCCUCCUCACAUUUAUAUAUGCCUUGGGGGCCUCCUCGGCUUACGUCCUGCUGCUCUGGUGUGUGAGUCCAGAGCUGAAGUCACUGGCCGUGGGGGUCUUUAUGCUGCUCAUACGCACACUGGCGGGGAUUCCGGCCCCAAUAUACUUUGGCACAAUAAUUGACAAGUCCUGUCUGAAAUGGGGGACCAGGCAGUGCGGCGGGAGAGGGGCCUGUCGCUUGUACGAUGCCGACUCCUUCAGGACGAGGUUCCUGGGUCUGACCACUGGGAUCCGCGCCCCCUCCUAUAUCCUCUUCUUCAUUUUCAUUGUGAUGGCGACGAGACAAUUCCCCACGGGCACCGGCGCAGCCCCCAAACCUGCGGAGAAGAGCGACAAGAAGGAGCUUUAUAGCAACGGAGCCAGUGCCGAGGAAUGUGCCGCGUUCCAGGCGGAGAAAGAAACUCAUAUUUAAUGGGAAAUGGUCCCCACCAGAACUGGACUCAGUAGAUAAUGCACCCCCUGUUCUCUCUCUUAGCUGGGGGCCCCCCAGUAGAUCUUGAGCCAGUGACUAGUAGAUCCCAGCACUGGCCACAGCCAUUCUCCAAGAGCCUUCUGGGUAAUUCCGGACGUAACUGGCUUGGGAAAUGGGCGCUGUCACUUUAAAUAUAUUUGGCACCCAGUAGGUGGCGCCUAACGUUUCCCAGCACCCACAGACCACAACUCAUUCCCUUUGCUGCAGUUGAAUAAAUGUGGGGUACAGUGGGGUUACUCAUAACACAUCUAUGCCAGUGAUACCAGCGGUGCAGCCCAUUGGGUCACUCACUGGCUCACACCCAUGGAAAUCAGAAAUCCAGACGUCUAUAAUAAGCAAAUAAUUGUAAUUUUUUUAGAAAUGAUUUUCCUUAGAAAUUAAACAGAACCGUGUACUUUGGUGACACCUAGAGGCCAUUAUGCUAACUGCAGCCCUGGGCACAGGAAUGUCCUAAUUUCCAGUAUCUUUUCACUAGUGGUUGUUAAAUUGCCAUCUUUGUUUCUAGUUGUAAAAAUGGAGGGGGUCGCUGACCCCGGCAGCCAAGAGACUAUUACUCUGCUUGGCUGCAGCUUUAUGGAUACUGUGACUUUUUAUUUCUUCUAUUCCAGCCUGUCUCCUGUCUCUCAUGCAAACCGCGGCCUGGUUGCUGGGCUAAAUUGCACCAUAGCAACCAAAAUAAAAAAAAUACCAAUAAAAAAAAAAA